AUGAAGCUAUACUUCGUAAUUGACCAAACAAGUGGUGUUGUCCGUGCUGGAGAACAGCUUUCUGGAAGACUAAUCAUCAGCUCUACCCAGCCUGUGCGUGCAACUAACAUUUCGCUAUACUUCAGAGGCAAAGAAGACACUACAGUUCAGCACCUCGAACAAAGGAAGGUCGGUGAUGAUUAUGAGACAAGGAGAGUAACAUCCCACGAAAAACACCAAUUCUUUCGAAUGGACAUGCCGGUCCCAGACCUUUCUUCCAUUAUUUGGAAUGGAAGAACAGUUCCAGGCCAACACGAAGUCCCCUUUCGAAUACAGCUGCCUUGGAAUCUACCUUCUACUAUGCGGAUUGAAGAAAAUGGAGACAGCGCUACAAUUGCAUACUGUCUCAGAGCCCAACUCAAUGGGUCGGGAUUCUUGAAAGACUACCAAGCCACACAAUCUGUACAGAUUUUGGCAAAAGCCGAGCCAGCUGAGACAUCCCCAUACAUCGUGCCGCCAACAUCCACAACAAUUAGAUCCUUCGGGUUGUUCGGAAAAGGCGAGAUAACGUAUGGGGCCAAAGUGCCGGUUACGAAGCUGGCGCAAGGACAAACUGUUGAGGCAUAUGUUGCUUUGAUCAACAACAGUGGGAAAAGUCUAAGAGAAGUGAUAGUGGAAUUGACAGAGGUGGCCAAGUUUUCUGCUCAUGGGCACUGCAGAACUGUCUACAACCAUCUGUGGACAGAGAGGUUUUCAGAGCAACACUUUACAGGAAGCCAGAAACUAGACAAGGAAAACUUGAAGAAAAUGCAACAAGACGCCAACAGGAAGCAGAAGAGCUAUCAUCAAGUGCUGGCUGCUGUGAAUGACGAUGAAGGAUCGUCACGAUGCACCGUCCAGGUGCCUCGGGGCUCCCAUGAAUCCUUCCAGGGAACAAGUAUCAAGGUUUCCCAUACUCUUCGUGUCAUAAUGAAGACUCAAUUCGGUGCCACCAACCCCGAGUUCAGCGUGCCCAUUGAUAUUGUGCAAGAGAUUCAGCGGAUUCAACCGGCUGUGAAUGGCGGGGAAGGCCAAGAGGAACAAUAUCCAACCGCCCAUGCUGAGCCAAUCUAUGAUGAAGAACAAACGCCCACCGUGAACCCAGUCGAUGUGGCUGGUUUCCGAAAUUACAGUGAUCCUCCAACGAAUCCGACCUAUAUUGUGAAAUGA